UCAAGUUCAACCCCACAUCUGUGCAAUUCCUGAAGAUCACUCAAAUUCAUGAUAUUCUCCUUCUCCUUGCCAUUAAUCCCUCCACUAAUACUGCUUUGCGUACAAGACAGCCCCCAUCACCGGUCUCUUUCAUGGCGGUACAUUUGUUUACCCACACGUUUUUCUGUCAAAAGUUUGGGCCACCUCUUCUUCAUAUAAUUCGUGUCUUCCUUAAGCACAUGAAUAUUAUGCACACCUCUGUUGCUCAUCCCGCUGCUCUCUGAUCAUCUCACAGGCUUUUGAAUCUAAUCUUAAUGGCGGCUACUGUCAAUAAUGGCGCCACCCUUGAACUCAGCGUAGAGAAACAAGAAGCUAUUCUGGUUCCCCCCGCUGAGGAGACUGAGAAGGGCCUCUACUACCUCUCAAACCUCGACCAGAACAUUGCGGUGAUUGUCCGCACCAUCUACUGCUUCAAGUCCGAUUCAAAAGGCAACGAGGAAGCUUUUGAUGUCAUCAAGAAUGGUCUCUCCGAGGUUCUUGUUCACUACUAUCCGCUUUCGGGGAGGCUGACUAUCAGCCCCGAAGGGAAGCUCAUAGUGAAUUGCACGGGGGAGGGUGCUGUUUUGGUUGAGGCCAAAGCUAACUGUACCAUUGAGGAGAUUGGAGACAUUACCAAACCUGAUCCAGUGACUCUUGGAAAGCUGGUUUACGACAUUCCUGGUGCCAGUAACAUCCUCGAGAUACCUCCCUUAGUGGCUCAGGUGACACGAUUCAAGUGUGGAGGGUUUGUUUUGGGGCUAUGCAUGAACCACUGUAUGUUUGAUGGGAUUGCUGCGAUGGAAUUUGUGAAUUCCUGGGGUGAAACUGCCAGGGGAUUGACUCUAAAAGUCCCUCCUUUCCUGGACAGAACCAUACUCAAAGCCCAAAAUCCUCCUAAGGUAGAGUUUGCACAUCACGAAUUUGACCAGAUUGAAGAUGUCUCAAACACUGGCAAACUAUACGAAGAUGAGGUAAUGCACUACAGAUCAUUCUGUUUCGGUCCUGAAAAGCUCGAACAACUCAAGAAGAAAGCCAUGGAAGAUGGAGCCCUGGAUAGAUGCACGACUUUUGAAGCCUUGUCGGCAUUUGUGUGGAGAGCCCGGACGAAAGCAUUAAAAAUGGAGCCUGACCAACAAACGAAGCUCCUCUUUGCAGUUGAUGGACGGUCUCGCUUUGAGCCUCCGCUGCCUGAGGGUUACUUUGGUAAUGGUAUAGUGUUAACAAACUCUCUGUGCAGUGCCGGCAAUCUCCUGGAGAGCCCCCUGUCUUUUGCGGUGAGGAAGGUCCACUAUGCAAUUGAAAUGGUCACGGACAGCUACAUGAGGUCAGCAAUAGACUACUUUGAAACAACAAGAGCAAGACCAUCCCUAGCAGCCACACUUCUCAUCACAACUUGGUCUAGGCUGUCCUUCCACACCACUGACUUUGGAUGGGGAGAGCCUGUUCUGUCUGGCCCAGUGGCUUUGCCUGAGAAGGAAGUCAUUCUUUUCCUAUCUCAUGGUAAAGAAAGGAAAAGCAUAAAUGUGCUACUUGGGUUGCCAGAGUCAGCCAUGAACAUCUUCGAACAGCUGAUGAACUUCUGAAAGUGAUUUUUCCUGUCUUACCCUGCCCUGCUCGAUAAUUUAUGUUAAAUUAUGUCAUUUGUUGUGUAGAGAAAGAUUAUGGUUUAAGGCUCUACAUGGUAUCCUUGUGCUGGUGCUUAGUAGUCAGCACCAACUAAGUUAAAGGUGAAGAUGAAGCUACUCUGUAAAAGGAAGCGCAACCACAUGCCUCUUGUAGCCCAUCCCAGUAUUAUCAUUCUUAAUAAUCACCGCAAGUCCUUGUAUUUCGAUAAA